AUGAAUUCGAUGCUCAGAUCCGCCAGAACCCUGGCCACCACGGCCUCCCGAUCUUCCGUCCUCCGCCGCGGCUACUCUUCGGAGUCCGUUCCCGACCGCAAGGUCGCCAUCCUCGGCGCAGCUGGAGGUAUCGGCCAGCCGCUCUCCCUGCUCAUGAAGCUCAACCCUCUCGUCUCCAACCUCGCCCUUUACGAUAUCGCCAAUACCCCCGGUGUCGCCGCAGAUGUCAGCCACAUCAACACCAGAUCUGAGGUUACAGGAUACUUCGGUGAUGACCAACUAGGGAAGGCCUUGGAGGGAGCAGAUGUUGUGAUCAUUCCAGCUGGGGUGCCAAGGAAGCCUGGAAUGACACGUGACGAUCUGUUUAACAUUAACGCUGGGAUUGUGAAGGGUCUUUGUUUAGCAAUUGCUAAGUAUUGCCCACAUGCCCUCGUAAAUAUGAUCAGCAACCCAGUGAACUCAACAGUUCCAAUCGCUGCUGAGGUUUUCAAGAAAGCAGGAACCUAUGACGAGAAAAGGUUGUUUGGGGUUACUACUCUUGAUGUGGUCAGGGCCAAGACUUUCUAUGCUGGGAAGGCCAAAGUCCCUGUUGCAGGGGUUAACGUUCCAGUUGUUGGUGGACAUGCCGGUGUUACCAUUCUCCCAUUGUUUUCACAGGCUACCCCAAACGCCAACGUGUCAGAAGAGGAAAUCGUUGCUCUUACCAAGAGAACACAAGAUGGUGGCACGGAAGUUGUGGAAGCUAAGGCUGGAAAAGGUUCCGCUACUUUGUCUAUGGCUUAUGCUGGUGCCCUUUUCGCUGAUGCGUGCUUGAAGGGGCUCAAUGGCGUUCCUGAUGUGGUUGAAUGUACAUUUGUUCAAUCAAAUGUCACGGACCUUCCCUUCUUUGCUUCCAAGGUAAGACUUGGAAAGAACGGUGUUGAUGAAGUCCUUGGAUUGGGACCUUUGUCCGACUUCGAGAAAGAAGGGUUGGAAAAGCUGAAGCCGGAACUGCUUUCCUCCAUCGAGAAGGGCGUCAACUUUGCCAACAAGUAA